GCACUCGAAACAGACUACGGCGAGGAUCGCGACUCAAGUUUUAACACGAAGCGAAGUGAGAAGGAGCGCUGGGACAGCGUGCGCCUCCCGAGCCGCGUCAGAUGGCCCAGACAGAUAGUCUCCUCUGCAGGACUGUGUCGGUUUGGAAGUAGAAUUGACUGCUGCUGGGGCUGGGCCCGAUUGUCCUGGGGACAAUGCCAACCUUUCUACGUCUUAAGGCAGAGAAUAGCCAGCCUAAGGUGCCAGCCCAAAGCUAUAUGCCAGCCAGGAUGCAAACACGGUGAAUGCGUUGGGCCAAACAAGUGUAAGUGUCACCCAGGAUACACUGGAAAAACCUGCAACCAAGAUCUGAACGAGUGCGGACUGAAGCCGCGGCCGUGCAAACACCGGUGCAUGAAUACCUACGGCAGCUACAAGUGCUACUGCCUCAACGGCUACAUGCUUAUGCCAGAUGGGACGUGCUCGAGUGCCCUUUCUUGCAUGAUGGCAAACUGUCAGUAUGGCUGUGAUGUGCUGAAAGGGGAAGUACGCUGCCGCUGUCCUUCUCCAGGGCUGCAGCUGGGGCCCGAUGGCAGGACUUGCAUAGAUAUUGAUGAAUGUGCUACUGGGAGAGUUAUCUGCCCACGCUUUAGGCACUGCGUCAAUACUUUCGGAAGCUACAUGUGCAGGUGCCGUAAAGGCUUUGAUCUAAUGUACAUUGGAGGCAAAUACCAAUGCCAUGAUAUAGAUGAGUGCUCCCUUGGCCACCAUCAGUGUGGUAGUUUUUCACGAUGUUACAAUACACCAGGAUCCUACAAAUGCAAGUGUAAAGAAGGGUACAGAGACAAUGGAACAAACUGCAUACAGAAGCCGGUGACCUGGCCAACGGCUCGUCCUAUGCCCGGGCCAACGGCUCAUCCUCCACCCAGGCCAACGGCUCGUCCUACACCUGGGCCAACAACUCAUCCUACACCCAGGCCAACAACUCGUCCUACACCCAGGCCAACAACUCGUCCUACACCCAGGCUAACCACUAGGUAUGUGCCGGUGACAACAAGGCCAGUGACGAGGCCUCCACCUCCAACACCACCUCAACCGACAACGUUGAGACCUACACUACCACCACAAAGAACUCCUCUGAUAACAACUGAAGAGCCUUCACCUGUUCACACUGAAACUACAUCGUCUCAAGGAAUUAUAGAUGACAACAGGAUCCACAGGGAUCCUCAGAAACCCCGAGGAGAUGUGUUCAUUCCACGCCAGCCUGGAGUGAGCAACAAUCUGUUUGAAAUACUUGAAAUUGAAAGAGGGAUUACCGCCGAUGAAUUUGAAGCAAAUGAUGACCCAGGUGUGCUGGUACACAGCUGUGAUUUUGAUAGUGGACUGUGUGGAUGGAUCAAGGACAAAGAUGAUGACUUGCACUGGGAACCAGUGAGAGACGCAUCAGGGGGGCAGUAUCUUACCAUCUCGGACCCCAAAGGCAAAGGCGGCAGAGCGGCGCAUCUCGUCCUGCCGGUGGGUCACGUGGCUCAGGCUGGCGACCUGUGCCUGUCGUUUAGGCACAAGGUGCCCGGGCUGCAUGCUGGUGCCCUCCAAGUCUUUGUCAGGAAGAACGGUGCUCACGGACCAGCUGUUUGGGGAAGAAACGGAGGCCAUGGCUGGAGGCAGACACAUCUGACUUUGCGAGGACGAGGCAUCAAGAGUGUUAUUUUCAGAGGGGAGAAAGGGAAAGGAAGAACUGGGGAUAUUGGACUAGAUGAUGUGACCUUGAGGAGAGGACGCUGCUCUGAAGAGCAUUAG